AUGCUGUCCAGAACAUUGCUAGAAGGCUAUUUAGCUAGAGCCACUAGGCAGAUUCUGGAGACUACAAGAUGUCGAUAUAUACCCUCGGAACAGAAUUUCCAUUUGGCUCUUCCUCUUGUUAAAUCCAAAUACGCCAAAUAUGAAGCCAAACCUUUUUCAGUUCAAAAGUUUGAAAAGAAAUUACGAAAUCCGCAACCAUAUCAGACCCAGGCACUACCUAGUCACCAAACCGAAAUCAAAGGUGUGGACCAAGCCGUAUUCAACCAAAUAUUGCGAAAAAACAAUUUUAAAAAGUGUCCUCCCAUCACAAGAAGUAAUUUCCUUGCCAUUCAAUUCUUACCCCAAUCACAUGAUGCAUCUAGAUAUCGCAAAUCCAAUGUAGCGAUGCUCUUUAGCACAUUUGGAAUUAGUAUGAUGAACAACCAAAAGUUAGAGGAAGAUUUCAAGUCAUAUAAUGGAAAAUACAAGCGAUUAAACUUUAUGGUAAAAAAUCCACAUCCAACGCAAUCUGCAUGUGGAAGAAGCAUUUUAAAAAGGCGGUUUAGACAAUUUUUGAUUGAUGCAAUUGAGAAAAGGAUGAACAUUGGCGGUGUAGAGAAACUAUCGGGACUAUUUAUCUGCACUGUAUUUAAAGUACCAAUUACGAAGGAACAGGAAAAUGCAGUACGAAAUGAGUUUGAAGCAGCAGUUGAGGCAAUCUCAACACAGCCCCGUUUAUGGAUGCGGCUACAAAAGCAAUGCCAAGAGUCUCAUAGGCCCAGGCAAAUCAAUGCAAUAUCCUUGAAGAAACAUUUGGAAGGUGGGGGUGUACGAGAUCCCAGAAUCAGAUUACCUUUUUUGGGUUACAGGUUUAAAGAAGAUAAGAAAAAUACAAAAGAAAAUAUUUUCAGAAUAAUGGGUAAAAGAGCAGCAUCAUCAGGAACAACAACAACAGGAACAACAACAACAGAAGCAGCAACAGCAACAACAAUACGGAUAGGGAAAGGAAAAGGGAUUAGAAAAGGAAACAAAAAAAAACCAAGUUUGUAA